AUGUUGAUCAACCACCUUCUCAAUCCUGAAGGAGAGAAUACCGAGGCAGCUAGAGUCUGGUCAAACGAGGAGAUCUUUGAGCUCAUCAAAGAGGAGAGCAGACAGGAGAGCGACAAUUCAAAUGAACCUACAACAACCAAACCACCCGUCAAGCGACCAACUAAGACAGAAAUGCUCCGGCAUGUUUCACAAGCAUUACUUUAUCUUGAAGACCAACCCAAGCAUGACAAUCUCAUUGCCAACUUGGAAGAAUUUCAGCAAGAAUUACUGAAAGCAAUACAUUUCGGAGGAACUCAGGCGGAAAUAAAGGAUUAUUUCAAACCCGUGGCCGUUCCGAACUCAACUUCUCAACCCAAAUCAAACUCCAGUGCAGCAAAAUCUCCGUCAACUUCCAAAGCUCUUCCAGAUGACCUCACAGUUAUCAAUCAUGUAGAAUGA